AUGCUUUGCAAGAGACUAAUGACAACCGGAUUUAAGCAUGCUAGGAGGGCUGGAAGAGCAGCACAGGAUGCUGCUCAGUCAAUUGCUGUGGAUAAGUUGUCCCAUGUAAAGCUUUCGCAGGAACAGACAGAAUUGAGGCAGAAAGUGUUAGAGUUUACCAGAAAUCACCUCAAGAGCUACAAUGGCGAUCAGCCGGCUAUGUUUGUGAUUCAAGGUGACGCAGGUACUGGUAAAUCGGUCGUGCUCAAUUCUCUGUUUAAUGAGAUCCAGCGUUUGUCUAGUGGAAGUGGAAGCGAUGAUAUACUUCAUGGAACUAAGAACUUUCUAGUGGUCAACCAUCCUGAGAUGUUAAAACUUUAUUUGAGAAUAAGUAAAGGGUUCAAAUACAUUUCUAGGUCGUCAUUGGAACGUCCAACUUCCCUUAUCAAUGCUUUGCAAAAGAAGAAUGAGAUGGCUGACGUUGUUAUUGUAGAUGAAGCUCACCUGUUGGCCACAUCAAAAGAUGCGUUCAAGAGGUUUUAUGGCGAGAAUCAUUUGCAAGAGUUGCUUUCGCUAGCCAAAGUUUUGAUUUUGGUUUACGAUGAUAAGCAAGCGCUGAGGAUGGGUUGUUACUGGGAGGAGGAUACCAAGAAUGGAGCCAAUUUGAAAUCUUAUUUUGACAAAAUCCCUUCGGAUAAGAGAGAUUGGUAUAACCUAAAGCAGCAAUUCCGUGUUGCUGCACCCAAGGAUGUUCUCCAAUGGAUAGAUGAGAUUAGCACGGAAGGUGUGAUACCCGAAUACCCCAAGAGCUGCAAAACGGCUGGCCCAGAGGACUUUGACUUCAGAGUAUGGGAAGACUGCGGAGCCAUGUACGAUGCCCUCAAAGAAUUAGAUGCCAAAUAUGGUCAAUGCAGAAUGUUGGCGACUUAUGACUUUCCUUAUAGACUGGACGGAAAGGACUAUUUUGUUACAUGUGGGGAUAAUUUCAAGGUACGUUGGGAUAGGUAUACGCCUAGAGCCGUGUUACCUUGGAGUGAAAGAGCUGAUACGAUUGACGAGGUUGGUAGUGUUUACACCAUUCAAGGGUUUGAUCUCAACUAUGCUGGUGUUAUCUUGGGUAGAUCUGUUAGUUACGACGCUGCAAAUGACCGCAUCAAGUUAAAGCCUGAGCUAUAUGACGAUCAUGCUGGGUUCACUAAGAAGAAAAACAUAAAGGAGGUUGACCACGUCAAGAACAAAAUUAUCAUGAACAGUAUCAACGUUCUUCUCACUAGAGGUGUCAAGGGCCUAUUCGUAUACGCAUGGGAUCCCGAAUUGAGAGAAAGGCUGAAGCAAACUCGUGAAGCUUCCUCAUAA